AUGGCUCUCGUAUCUGCCGUAAUGGUUGCUGAGAUGCACCAUAUGACUCCCCGCAGGAGGAUGGCAUACGUGGAAUACAUUCGUCAGUAUGUUUCGAAACUUCACACUCUUUUCCCUCAUGUCCGACCGCGCCCCAACAAACAUGUUGCCUUCCACAUAUUUGAUUUCCUCUUGUUAUAUGGACCUAUCCAAUCGUGGUGGUGCUUUCCAUUUGAACGCUUAGUUGGUGUCCUCCAAAACCUCCCGAGCAAUCAUAAAUUCGGUCAAAUGGAAGGCUCUCUCAUGAAGUCCUUCAUAGCCACCAGCAAGCUUCGGCGGUGGCUGAAUCGUGCCGACGCUCUACCAGUCAUAAAGGAAUGCAAAGUGGUCUUUAACAAGGCGUUCAGGAAUAAAUUCAAGGAAUCUGCUCUCUUCGAGGAUGUCACCGCUUCGCGAAGAACUCCAGUCGUGACGCCACCAGACCUUUUCUCCCUGAUUCAGAAAGCUCGAGUCGUACUCCGGGUGCACACCCCUCAUACUAAUACAAUGUACAGCCAUUCCUCUACUCACCUCAGCAACAGUCUUAUCUUGUACCGGGCCGGAGGUGACGCCUCGCGGCCGCAAUCGGCUGGAAGCAUCAAGUAUAUAUAUGACGAUGACAGCAUCGUAACGCUUGCUGUACAGCGACAGCUCGCGGCACUCCCGGGAACUGCAGACCCAUUUUCCCCUUAUCCUGACUACGACGCCCAGCUGCACUCUACAAGACUAGACGAUGACCUAGAAGAGGUUCAAUUACAUUGGGUUAUAGGACACUAUGCCAGAUGGCCCAUGUCGGAAGAUGUUUGCGUUGUAUUACCACUGUUACGAAAAUGUAAUGAUCAGGACUAG